UACAUUUCUUUAUCCUUCCUCUCACUCUCGUUUAGACGCGUUCUUUACUUGCUCUCAUCAUCAUCAACUCAACUCACAGAGUCGAAAGUUAAUAAAAAAGAGAGAAAGAGCAAAACAGCAAGUUAAACCCUCUGCAAAUCUAGAGAAAGAAAGAAAGUAAACAAGAAAUUAACAACAUGAUGUUAGAAGAUCAAAGAAGAGGAGGUGGAGGUGGAGGAGCACCACAUGGAAUACUACUAAUGGUAGUCGUAGGGUUAGUGAUUAUAUUACCGAUGAUAUUAGGAGAUGGAGAAGCAAUUACUGAAGCAAUAUCAGAUAUGUUAAGUCCAAUUGGUUUACUUCUUAUUCCGAUUGUUCUUCUUUUGAUUAUUCAGUUUCUAUCUUCAUCGGAUCGUGGUUCGUUUGUGUCAUCUAUAGCUGUUGGUGAACCUGAUUCUAUUCAUCGUCUUAGUGGAUCUCCGGUUGGUGUUGCUCUUUUUCUUGGUCUUGUACUCUUUCUUUUGUACAAUCGUUUCUCUUUAUUUGGUUCUGACGACGACGAAUGAAAUCACAUACUUAUAUACAACCGGCCGGGACGUCCAUACUCACCUGCAUCCUGAUUUACUGAUAUCAGAAGAGGAAGAAAAAUUAGGUGAGCCAAUAAUCAGAUCAGGAUAUUUGGAUCGGUAGCUAGAAUAUAGAGUUUAAUUAAGUAGACUCUCUGAUGGGUUCUUCUUAAUCGUUUUUCUUUAAUUAGUUGUCUUUUUAUUCUCUACAUCUUUUUUCUUUAAUGAGUACGUAUACAAAUAUUAUUCAACUAAUUUUGUUGGGAAUUACUGAAACGGGUUUUUGCUUCAGGUAGUGUUGUUUUGAAAUGAAAUGUACAAAGUAAGGGUGUUAUGGACCUUGUGGUCAUUGUAGUUUGUGAAACGUUGAAUUUUUGAGUAUGUUCAAAUUUCUAAAUUAUCCUUUUCUUGUGUCA